GGCGGUGCGGGGCGCGUCCCGGCGGCGGGGCCGGUCGGUCGGUCGGUCGGUGCGGAGCCGGAGCCGGAGCCUCCCGCCGCCCGGCCUGCUGUUGACAAGCGGCGGCGGGAGGUAACGCGGCGACGAUCGUCCCCAUGUGGCGAACGCUGGCCCUCGCCUCCGCCUUCUUCCCGGGGCUCUUCGCCCUCUGCAUCCGGUUGCUGCGCUGGGCCGCCCCGGGAUGGAGCCUCAAGGACCGCAUCCUCCUCAGCGGCAGGUUGGUGUCGACGGUCCAAGCCACGAUGGCAACGGUGUCGGGGAUCACGGUUGUCCUUAACUGCAAGGACGUGGUGUACGACAGGCACUGGCUGGCCGUAGAGUACGUCUGGGUCCUCGUUCCCUACAUGACCUACGACGUUUACGUCAUGUACCUCUGCCACUGGCACAAGAGCCGGGACAGGGGAAUCGCGGAGAAGAAGCAUUCGCUGGCCAGCGUGCGGAGCUUCCUCCUGCAGGAGCGGCUGAUGGUGACUCACCACCUCUUCAUCCUCAUCGUGCUCACCCCCAUCACCCAGCACUUCAGGGGAGAGCUGGGGGACUUCUUCGUGGGCUGCAUCUUCAUAGCAGAGCUGAGCACGCCUUUCGUAUCGCUGGGCAAAAUCCUCAUGCAGCUGGAAAUGCAGGACACGCUCCUGCACAAGGUGAACGGGAUCGUCAUCCUGGUGACCUUCUUCCUCUGCCGUAUCCUCCUCUUCCCCUUCAUGUACGCGGCCUACGCCAGGCAGGUGGGAAUCCCCGUUUACAUGGUGCCUUUCCGCAUCCCCCUGCACUGCAACAUAGCCAACGCCUCCCUCAUCGCCCCCCAGCUCUACUGGUUCAGGCUCAUCUGCCGCAAAGCCGCCCGACUCUACGGCAGCUCGCCCGCCGACAAAAGCAGAUAACGGCCGGCAGCCCAGCGCGGGGGCUGGAAAAGGGUCAGCCCCCCCCCCCCCCCUCCGCCAGCUCUUUCGCCUUCGCUGCCAGCACCGCGGGGACCAGCGCGGGAGCGGAGCGGCGGAAGCAGCGAUGCCAUCGGGAUUUUUUAGCUGGAAGCAGCCUCUCCGUCUCCGCCGCUGUGCCAGGCAGCGCCAGCCCGGGCUAGGAAGGCUUUCCUCCCACACCGCUCCAGUGCCUUGUGUCCUCCCACCCGUGGGAGCUGGGAUAGGAGCCAGCCCAUAAGUACGACAUUCCUUCUGGGAUUCAAUACUGGCACUGAACUAACAGUUACAAGAGAGGGGUUUGUUACGAGGGCUGACGCCAGACACCGGCACCGAGCUUGGCAAGGCACGAAGGAGCUUGCGGCCCCGGAGGCAGCAGCGGAGGUGAUGCUGGAACGUGCCCAGCCCCACGCAGCAGCACCGGGGACCGGGGGAGACGCGUGCCGAAUCUGCCGCAGCCCCGACUCGCUCUGGUUUACGGCCUCCAGCUGAGAGCAGAGCCAGGACCCGGCACGGUUCUGCGCAGCCUGUUCCUGACCUUUACCGACUUCGCCUCUACGCUACAGCUGCCUUCGGCCUCUUACCUCCCACUGCCGCUGGGCUCAAACUCAUUUAAGACUCCGCUUAACCCAAAGGUGCUUUUCACUACAAUUGCUGGUGUCUGUGGCUGCCAGUCCCAGGCGAGGGUGGCUCUGGUGUCCCCAGCAGGCUGGGGCGAAGAGAAGCUCACGCCAGGAUAGAGGAACGGUUACGCUGUCUCAGAGCGAUGCUGGCAGGGCAGGGCGCCCACGGCCGAAGGGCAGGAUGAGGACAGGAGACUGCUAAGUCCCUGUCUCCGGGUGCUAUGCAGAGCCCUUCGUUGGCAGGGGAUGCAGCUUUCAACCCCCUCCCCUAACUGCAGCUGCUUCUAUCUGCCCCGCAUCCCCGCAGUGGGUAUUUGAAAGCCCGAAUGGCACACGCUGCCCUGCUCUCCCUCCAGCCGACACCAGCAACCCUGGCAGCACCCUGUGGGUACCAGUACAGCCCGAGCUCCGGUCGUACGGUCCAUCCCUCCUGCCCCAUCCCAGUCCCCCACGAGGCGAAAUCUGCCAGGGGCUGGCAGAGAAGGAACCGGGUCAGUGGAAGAAGAACCAGCAACCCCAGAGCAGGGCGCCGAGCUGUGUCCUUCACCAGUUCAGCCCGUUUCCACCGUCAGUCACAGCAAAAUGGGUACAGGCUUCCCAGCCCGCCCUGCGCCAUAGGAUUCACAAGCCUUGCGGGUACGUGCAAGUCAGCAGCAGUUCAGUUCCUUCCCUGCAGCCAGCGUGAGCCAGGGCAGCCACCUCCUCCCUGCAGCCUCCCACACUUGCCUGGGGGUCCCCUGCUCCAGGGCACGUACUGCACCAGCGUGGCCCCAGUAGCCCCCCGCUGCAGCCACUCGUGCCUUUCCUUCUGGCUAAAAACAAACGCCUGAGCUCUGGGAGACCUGGUUCUUUUGGGUGUUGGAUCUUGUCCCAGCCACAGCUGUAUUCUGGAAGGAGUAAAAUAAAGGGCCUCUUCCAACACGCGGUCAGUUAUUGCAGAAACACUACUCUUACAUUAACGAUCGAGACCAGCUGAUGUUAUAAACCGCUUGCAACCUGUUACAGAUGUUUGUAUCUCACUGUUUUCAUUGCAAAUAAUAUGCCUUACAUAAGGACCAAAAAAAAAAAAAAACCCCCACCAAUGAGGCAUCUCAGUUUGCACUAACACUGCCGUAUUUACUAUCAGGAGACCAAUAAAGAUUUCCUUUCUGAGUCACACCA